AUGCUUUCUUCUUACACUAACAGUAAAUAUAUAUAUUGGACUAUAAAUUGGACUUUAUGGACAACAGACGACGCUGGUAGAGCUGUCAAAAUUACUUCUGUUGGUACCGUAUCGAAAUGUGUACAAAUUCUUGAAUCAAAAUUACCACAUUUUCUUAAACAUGUUUUCAUCAAACGUGAACAAUCAAAAUAUUUUGAAUCAAUUAAACUAAAUACCACCGAUCAAUAUUGUCUUCUUCAAUAUGAUUAUUCCGAAAAUUUCUCAACUGUCCAUCAGAAUGGAAUUCAAUUGGCACAUUUUUCAAAAAAACAACUUUCUCUAUUUACUGCUCAUGUCUGGGCAGGUGCACAAAAUUAUUCUUAUGUUCUAGUGUUCAAUAAUCAAACACAUAAUAAACAUACUGUAUCACAGUGUCUUGACCAUAUUUUUACACAUUCACAAUCAUCAUUACCAAAUCCACAAGAAAUCGUGAUAUUUAGUGAUGGUAGUGCAUCUCAAUUUAAACAACGAUUUCUAUUUAAAAAUUUAACGACAUUAGCCCGUGAUUUUAAUUUUUUGCUUUCAUGCCAUUUCUUUGCCACAAGCCACGGAAAGGUUAGUGAAUAA